AUGACUGCAGCGGUUGCAAACUUCUUGGUUGCUCACCCUAACAUCCGCUUUGUUCGUUUCCAGUGGCAAGAUCUUUCUGGCCAUCUAAGAGCCCGCUUGGUUCCUAUUGAGCAUGCACUUGUGAUAGCUUCUGGAGAGAGGCCGUUACGCGUGGGGCCAGUCGCCUUCCAGUGCGUUGUAGACAACAGUCUGCUGCCAGGCAUAGACCUCAAGGGCAACCAUACACUUGUGGUGGACUGGACAUCGCUACGGACACGACAACGUCUGGAUCCCAUGUAUGCUAGCGUCAUGUGUCAAGUCGUCGAGAACCUUCCCUACUUGCCUGAGCCAAACUGGGGUCUCUGUCCCAGGCGGGCCUUGGAAACAGUAGUAGACAAGGCAAAGCAGACACUCCAUGUCAACUUCCUCGUCGGGUUUGAGGUUGAGUUUGAAAUUAUGAAAGCCUCAGAAGAAGGGGGAUUUGUUCCUUACUCCCGUGGAAUGGGCAAUUACCAAGUGACGAGUUAUCGAGAUCCCUGCUUCGUACAUAUCGAGGAAGCAGUCGAGACGUUAUUGGAUGCCGGGGUCAAAAUCGAGGCUUUCCAUGGCGAGGGCCUUCGGGGGCAGUAUGAAAUUGCCCUUGGUCCGCUUUCUCCUGUUCAAGCUGUCGACCAGUUACUCAUGGUCCAUGAUACCCUCAAACACAUAUUUGCCCGCCAUGGAUUGGUAGCCACCAUGUCGCCACGCCCGGUACCAUUGCGGCGGCAAUCGUCAGGGCAGCACACCCAUAUUAGCAUCAAUCCACCACGGAAUGAGGAAUCGUUCUUGGCCGGCAUGUUGAACAGGCUCCCCCAGCUGUGUGCCUUUGGCCUUCCCUACGGACUGUCGUACGAGCGCGUGAAACCGGUAUUUGCUGGCAACAUUGUGUCAUGGGGUACUGAAGACCGCAACGUACCAAUCCGAAAGAUCAAGGCAGGCCACUGGGAAGUUCGUUGUAUUGAUGCCACUGCCAACAUGUAUCUUACUCUGGCAGCACUCCUUAGCGCUGGCAUGAUUGGGUGCGUUAAAAGGGAGCCUCUGUUGCUGAAAGACACUGGAAUCAACACUCAAUGUGAUGAGACUGGUGGUGAAAUGCUCCCUCAAAGCAUUGACGAAGCACUGAACCGGUUGGAAAUGACGUUUGAAGAGCUUGAAGCCACGAUGGAAAGCAAGAUCAUUCGACAUUACCUCCGGGUGAAGAAACGCGACGCAUCAUUGUUUCAGGACAUGGGGUCCCAAGCAGCUCGAGAUCUGAUGACUGAGAUUUUCUAG